GGCGGGGCCUCGGGGGCUCGCGGGACCUGCUCGACGGGCCGGGGGGCCGGGAAUACAGAAGUCGCUGCACAGCCCGAAACCUUAACUCUACACGCACCUUCCUCUUCCCGAGAUGUCCUGUCGAGUCCCGCUCCUCGCACUUGACAGUGAAGCUGGUGAAGCCGUAACUGGCGGGACGGGGAGGCGGAGGCCUCGUCCCAAGGACCUGUUCCUCCCCGCGCUCCGGCCGCGCAGAAGGAUCCCUGAGGUAACCGUGAGCUGCCCGCAGCGGCCAGGCCCCGCCCACCGCGCGGGUUCCGCCACAGAUGCCGUCCCGCGCGGCCUUCCGUCAGAAGCCUCCGCCGCAGGCGCUCCUCGCGUCUUCAGAAAUCACCUCAGGCCUCGAACCCCUGGGCCAGCGAGGUCCCGCUUGCGCGCCACAGCUCCCUCCUUCCGCGUCCCGCCCGCCGGAAGUGACGGACCGGAAGCGCCCCUCCUCUCACGGAGGGGCGGGGAGGGAAGAUGGCGGCGCCCAGCAGCCGGUGAGGAGAGCGGACACGGGGAUCCCGGGGAGCGGCCGGACUCGUGCGUUAUGGCCCCAUCUCCGCACACUCUCUCCGCUCGCCUUCUGACAGGUUGGGGAGGAGGAUGUGUCUGGUAUCUAGAAAGAAGCGCCGUGUGGGAGUCACCUCACAGGCUCGCGCGUCUUCUCAGGAGCCGCAGUAAACAGUGGAUCGCAUUUCAGCACUGUACCUUCCUCCGGCGCAUGUAUGUCACACAACUGAGCAGAAGCCUCAACCAGCAAGCGAAACCGAAGCCAGAACCUGUGGCACCUCCCUUCCUUGAAAAGACAGCUUUGGGUGAGGCCAAAGAUGAAAUAUAUGAGAUGAGACCUCUUUCGCCCCCCAGCCUGUCUGUGCCCAGAAAGCCAAAUGAGAAGGAGUUGAUGGAGCUGGAAUGCACCGCAGUCACUGAGGACUCGAUGGCUGUGGGGAAGGAGACAAAAGAAGAAAAGCAGUGGAAGGAGAUGAAGCUGAGCGUGGACGACUUGCCGGGAAUCUUGGCUCGGCUGUCCAAAAUCAAACUCACAGCCCUUGUCGUCAGCACCACAUCAGCCGGGUUCGCGCUGGCCCCGGAACCGUUCGCCUGGCCCUGCUUCCUGCUCACGACCCUUGGGACCGGCCUCGCUUCCUGUGCCGCCAACUCCAUCAACCAGUUUUUUGAGGUUCCAUUUGACUCAAACAUGAAUAGGACAAAGAACAGACCUCUGGUUCGUGGACAGAUCAGCCCAUUGCUAGCUGUGUCCUUUGCCGCGUGCUGUGCUGUUCCAGGAGUCGCCCUUCUGACCUGGGGGGUGAACCCACUCACGGGAGCCCUGGGGGUCUUCAACAUCUUCCUAUACACCUGCUGUUACACCCCGCUGAAGAGGGUCAGCAUCGCCAACACGUGGGUCGGAGCCGUCGUCGGGGCCAUCCCUCCCGUCAUGGGCUGGACAGCGGCCACGGGCAGCCUGGAUGCCGACAGUGAGAUGCCGCCAGGCUUAGUGGGAAAGAGAACUGGGAUCCGUUCGUGAUCUCUGUCCUGGGUGAGGGAGGAGAGAGUGGAAAACGUGGGUCUGGCAUCCCCGGACCAGACGACGUGUGAGUUUCCCCCUGGUGUUCGUGUUCAGUGUAAAGAGCACACCUGUAUACCGCCAGGCCUCCUGGUGGAAUUCCUCCCUCAAUUCUGCCUGCAGCCCCAGCCUGGACCCAGCUAGCCUCUCCCUCCUGCACCCUCCGAGCCUCCUCGUGACUGCCCAGACGUCUGAGGCGUAGACCACCAAAGACAGUGGGUGCCCUCUGCGGCCCCAUUCUCACCCACGUCAGCACUUAGACACCUGCCACAUGCCAUCUGCCCGUCUCGUGGAGGCAGCCCUGAACCCUGUUCAAUUUCCUCAAACCUGGCAAAAAGAACAGGGCACUAAAAACUUCCUUUUCUGUCUAGGGAACCCUAGCCAGGGCCAGAGUCAGGGCGAAGGGUUCCAGCCCCAGGACAGGUGUGGCCGGAGGCAAGUAAGGGCGGCCUAGCCUGGGGCCACCUCUGUUGUGCAGGGCCCAGGGCCCGGGUUCUCGCUAAAGGGUAGAGGCCUCAACAUCCUCCCAGGCAGCUUCCUGUGAAGUCCUUGGGUCUCAGCGAGACUGGCCAGUGUUGUGUCCCCAGAGGCCAGAGAGACAGGGAGCUUUGCCAGCGUCCCUGCCCUGGGGUGCACCAGCAGUAGAAGCCUUGCUUGUUCAGGCCCAGCCCGAAUCUGGCUAAACUGCUAACAGGCAUAUUUUAAAUUAUUAUUUGAAAAUUUGAGAGAUAGUCUCUGCAUUUCAAAUUUAAUCGUUAGUAUACAAACUCAUUAAUGAGGAAGAGUUGAGGGCCACGCUCUACCUUGUAGGAAGCUGCACGAAAAUGCACGUUUAUCUUGAAAAACAAGACCUUCGUCCACUUAAACUGACUGGUGUGACGCAGAGCGGCCCGAAAGAUUUGUAGAACCACAAAAAGAAGUUCCUUCUGCGGUUUCUGUGAUACUCUUUUUCUAAAUCUUAAAGAUGCAUUGCAGGGCACACAAUGAUGACACGGUUUCCUUCCCCCAGGAUUCUGCUUUACCACAGAUCACAUCAUUCACGUAAGGCCUUGUCAAGUUUAUACAGAAAGAGUAAUGCCGCUUUGCAUAAUGCCUUAAACCGCUUCAGAAGUUUCAAAACAUUGAUUUGAUGGGUAGAGCUAACUUGAGAUACUCCGUAAACCUUUGAGUGACUUGAAUAAAUGACAUAAUGAGUGAAUGAAUCCGUGAAUAAGUACCGUCCGUUUUAGAGAUGAAAAAGCAAAGGUAUUCCAAGGUCGGUUGCCAGGUAUUUACUGAGCAUCAGCGAUGUGUGAGGAACUGUAACAGGAGGAGGCGAUACAAAGAAAUAAGGCAGCUUCUGAGAGAAUGGGGUGGAAAGAUUUUAUUGCUGGGAUUUUUAGGGACUGAAUUGAGUAUGAUUCUAUAUAUUUUUAUCAUUUUCUAGAACUGCACUUUCUAUCAUAGCAGCCACCGGCCAGAGUCCAAAAUGGUGGUUCUCCAGCCUCAGUGCACAUGAGAAGUACCUGGGUGUAAAGCUUGUCCAAGCUCGGAUUCCUGGGUCCCAGCCCCAAGGCUUCUGGUUCAGGAGGUCUGGGGUGGGGCCCAAGAACCUGCGUUUCUAACAAGCUCCUGGGUGAUGCCGACGCCCCGGUCUAGGGACCACAUUCGAGGACCUCCGAUCUGAACAGACAGAGGCAGAGAGGGCUCUCGCUGUUAGGGUGCCUUGCAAAUACCAAGGGAUUCGGGCAGAGGGCGUGGGCGGAUGGUAUCCGAGAUGCACUCACAGUGUCAUUUGUAUUAUCCGCCCAGGCGAGUGGUAUCUCUUCUGGGCUCUUAUCUUAGGGGAAAUGUUUGUUUGGAAGAGCGCUUCUAAGAAAAAGGCAGCCAAAAAUGCCUCCUUUCUGUAGUAUCUCCAAAACAUUUUGUCUUGAAACCACCAAAGGCUGAUCACCAUGGAGCAUCCUGGGAAUAGGGAAGUCUCUGGAAUUCUCCACUGAACUAGUCGUGAGGAAGAGGAGCUGGUUGGGGAGGUGGGUGUGAGAGGCCAGGGCUGCUGGGCCAGCACCUUUCCCCCCAUCACCGCUCUGCUGUGCAGGGUCAGUUGAGGACGUGCCCCGUGCUGGGCUGGGGAGACCUAGAACCACGGAAACCCGGUGCCAGUUCUCAUGGACCUGAGUCAGCAUCUCCAGGGAGAGGCGGGGAGGCAGACAAGCAACUGACUGGGAGUGUCAGCAGGACGGGCAUCUUCAGAGGGCUGUGGGCUCUCUUGCCCUCCCCACGUUGGUCCUCGAAGACGUUGGAGCAGAACGGCUUCUGUGUUAAGUCGUGGCCAGUUUACUUGAGGAGGGAAGGUGCUUUCCGAGAAGAGGGAGGAGCACCUAUAGAGGUUUAUAGGCAUGAACGUCUGCACUGAACGGGAUCCAUUCCUUCCCCCUGCCCCCGAGGUCACCUCCCCCCGCCAGUCAGCCAGGACAUCACACGCCCAGCACCCGCAUUCCCGUCACCUUCGCCCUGGCCGGGUGUUCCGGUGUCUCGGCCCUUUCCAGGGGCUCAGUAGACAGUGGUCAGGACUGGGGAGGAAGCAGCCAGGGCCGGCGUGGGAUGGGGUCCUGAAGCCUCCUUCAAGGUCUGGGAGGAACUGGUGACGGGGAGGAAAGAUACAAGAUCAGAAACUGGGAAGCCGUGCGCAUCUCAGACAGCUGACGGAGGAGAGUGGUAGAAACGUCCAGAAGUACUCUCUCCUGCUUCUUAGCACCUGGGUCCUUCUGUGGGUUUUGUGGUGGCCACUGGCCAGUCACGACCCCCCGAGGGCCGGAGCACUGAGGAGAUGGCGCUGCCUUCCCGCCACCAGGGAAGACAGAAAGCACACCGUAAGUGUGGUCAGUGUGAGGACAGCCCGCGGGGUUCCGGUGCCCGCCCCCACGGCGUCGUUGUUGCUCUUGUUGUUGGCUUGUCAUCACUCGUGGGAAAGAAUUUCUCACCGUUGCAGCUGCCCCAGUGGUGUAGGUCCAGGCCUGUGCUUGAUGCUUGAUCUGACCUCUCGGAAUCUGCCCACUGCCCCCCCCACCCUGCUGCGGGGGUCUGGGGGUGGGAGCGAGCGAGCCAGCGAGGCAGGAUGAGGGGGCGGGGGCCGGGGUGUAGACGAGUAAACAGAUUAACAUGUGGAAAUUGUAAAAGCUAAACAAAUAUUAGGCUUCCUCAGUGUUUGCUGUUUCUUAGCUGCACAAAGACCUGUAAGCAGCUAGCUUUUCUCUCUCAGUCCGCGGCCCAAACAGCCUUCAGUGGGAUUUCCGUUUCAGAAAGUGCCGGGUUCUAAGCUGCCAGCCCAGCCCAGGCCCAGACCCUGAGCGCGUCAGUAACGGUGGUCAUCACGUGGAUUUCCCGUGUCCGCCCCCUCUGAGACCCAGGGGGAGGCCUUCCCUCCUGCCUGCCUGAUUACUUGGCUUUAUUUAUUUAUUUGAGGGUUGGGGGGGAAGCAAAAGUGCUGUUAGCAGAAAAUAUUAAAAAUGCUUACCAACUGAAAGCAGGAAGGCCGAGCGAGAGGACUGUCCAGGCAGCUGGCUGGCUGAGGGUUGGAAGCGCUUGCUCUGACUCUGCAGGCGGGGACAGCAGUGAGAGCUGUGACCUGCGGGCCCUGGUGCGGGGGCCGGGGGGGCAGGGCAGAUAAGUGCCCUCCAGCUGCAGCCGGGCCUGGAGCCACACGCAUUAGGCCUCUCCACAGUGUUUACCUCAGAGACUGUCUCGUUCGUCUCCGGCUUCAGGUUAAAGCCCCCCCGCACCUCCUGGCCAAAGCCCCUCUCUUCCCAUCGCCCCCACUCCUUACAAACGCUCAGAUUCUGUUCUGUCAUUUUCCUAAAUUUGAAUAAACCCCGGGUCUUGGGAGUUGAUGGAAUGGGUCUGGUGACUGUCUUGUAGGGUCAAUUUCUAAAUUGCCUUUGGUUUGUAAUUCAAAUGUUGCUGUGUGGUAACCAUUAAUUAUGUCAGCCAACAUCCAGUGACAGACGAGGACUCAGAAAUGCGCCCUUAUCAGGAAGUGACAUUUGGCAGAUGGAUGGUUUUAGUAACAAAAAGAGAAUGAGUUUUUUUAGUCUCAGCUGGUAAACUACAAAAUGUUAAAUACUGUUCCAUUUUAUUUACCUCCUUUAUUCCAGGACAAGAAGAUAGGAAAGAAUAGAAUUUACUCACUCAUUCAUUCCACAAAUAUUUACUGAGGGCUUACUAAGUACCAGGCACUGUUUAGCCCAAGCACUCUUGAAGAUCUCCUUUAAAAUGCUGCCUCAGUUUGAAAUCCAACUCGAAGAUGAGUGAGUUCCUUCUGUGGGAGCUUUUUUCCAUAACCAGCCUGAGAGCUUCAGAUUGAUGAAGAUAAAUGACAUUUUUAAAGACCGAGCCAACAAGGAACAUUAUGGGGAUAUUAGCAAACCGAACAACAUUUAGAGCCCUAUUCUCUUUGAAGAGGGGAAAACAAAUGUCUGAGAAAGAACAUAUGAGAAAUACUCAGCGAGACGGAGGUUGGCAGGAUGAUCAGAGCCCCUCUGGUACCAAGCGCCCAUCUUAACAGUGUCUGGGUCGCCGUGGUUGAUCAGGACCACAGGUGUUGCAGGAGAAGAGGGUGAGUGAGGACGGUCAUGUCCCAGGUCCCCGCCAAGUGAGGGUCCUUGGCUUCGAGCAGGAGAGAAUUCAAGAGCGAGGCAUAGUAGAGUGAAAGCAAGUUUAUUUAGAGAGAUGCACAUUCCACAGACAGAAUGUGGUCCAUCUCAGAAGGGGGAGUGGCCCCAGGGUGCGGGGUGGUUAGUUUUUAUGGGCUGGGUGAUUUCAUGCACUAACGAGUGGGAGGAUUAUUCCAGCUAUUUUGGGGAAGGGGCUGGGAUUCCCAGGAAUUGGGCCCCACCCACUCUUUGGCCUCUUACGUCAGCCCAGGAACUGUCCUGGUGCCUGGGGGGUGUCAUUUAGCAGCUGACGCAGUGAGCCUAUAAUAAGGCCCAAGUCUACAGGGAGUUGAAUCUUCCGCCAUCUUGGGCCUAGUUGACUCUAACCAGUUUAUGUCGUAUCAUCAACGGCUGUGUCAUUCUUUUAAGAGUUGUGCCCUGGCCCCCUCCCCUCCUGUAUCUCAAGGAGCUGGGCCUGCGCCCUCUGAAGGGAAGGGCAGAUAGUGGCUUGGUCAGCAGCCCUGGUAGACACAGCCCAGCCUAGAGCGCACAUCUAGCAGUUCUGCUCAGUGACCAAGUUAAUGUUGGAGGAAUAGAGGCAGACCUUCAAACCUGAGCUGAGGAGGAGGGGGCACCCGAGUUCCCCAGGGAGCCCGCAGAUGCUCGGCUCCCAGGGAGAUGCGACAGGAGCGGGGGCACUGUCCCCAGAGCCGGUCUAUGUGCUUCCUCUCUCCCGCCUUUCCCCCAGAUGAAACGUGGCCAGCGGACGUGCACGGGGAGGUGGGGAGGCAGCGUGCCCCGCGCCGGGCCUCUGCAAUCUUCCCGGUCACUCCCAGGGAGCUCUUCCAGGGCAGGCGGCUGGUGCCGACUGUGUCCUGCUUUCAGAGGACUUCUUCUUGUCCUCCCUUUUGUCGCCGCGCGGCUGAUGAACUGGCCCACGGCCCCUUCCCUUUCUUUGCACUGCUGUAGAGUCCAUUGCGCUGUGGAGGCUGAUCUGUUUCACAAGCUCCUUUGUGUUCACCCUCUAAAGAGAGGCUUUGAAACCUGUGACCAUGAAGUUUAGGGGCUAGCUUGGCUCCCCCAGCCAGCCCCCGGUUUACAUAACCACAGAACCCUGAAGGCGCAGACAGAACCAGGCACGGAGCAGACAGGCUGCCGGGGCCAGGUUGAGAGGGAGGGAGCCCACUGUCCCGGGGAGGGAAGGCCGGCCAAGCCCAGCACCCCGGCC